AUGACAGACAGAGAACGGAUAUUACAACUCUACGAGAAAGGCCACAAGAUCAGUCACAUCGCUAGAAUGAUCGGAGUUACGCACAGCUGUGUGUCCAAGAUCAUGACAAGGUUGCUGGCAUGA